AGCCAACGUCGCGGCCGUUGUCCGACCACAAUCUUCUCUCUCUCUCACAUUUCAAUCCCAACGACGCACAGAAGACGACGAAGACGGAGAAGAAGAAUGCUUCCGCAGCAAUGGUCGCCGCCGUGUGGAAAUCACUGCACUAAAAAAUACGCAUCUCUGUUGCAGAUUCCAUGGAGAGUAUUUUGCAAAAAAGGUUGUGACUCUGAUGGUGAGACAUGGGAAGAGUGCUUAGAAGAGUGCAAUGAGAUAUGCUACAAGGAUCCAGUUUUGAAGGACCAGCAGUGGAGUGCUUACAUUGACCGUUCUCCUGGUGCUGCUAGUUACUCAGAGGAAUGCUUCCGUGCUUGUGUAGCUGGCUGUGGUUACAAGUUUUUUUGGUUCAUCACAAUGCCGAAAACUGUCAAGGGUUGCCUGCAACUACUGCUCAAACUUGUCAACUCGACCUUAGGACUUGUUGGGCAUGCGAUGAUUUUGUACAGUAUUUGGAUGGUUCGAGUUUGGCAGCGCGACAUGGAAGAUUCAUCUUUCAGCUUUUCCAACCUUUCUCUUCCAUGGUUUAUACAUGUUUUUCUGGGCACUGGAAUAACUUUGUGCGCUAUAACAUGCCUCGGUCAUAUUGCUGCUGAUACUGCAAAUCCUCAUUGCCUUUCUUGUUACAUUGUUGUGAUCUUUGUGCUUCUCCUGACGGAGACCUUACUGGUAGCAGAUAUAAUCCUGAACUCCAACUGGGAGAAGGACUUGCCAGAAGAUCCCACAGGAAGGUUUGAUGAUUUCAAGGACUUUGUGAAAUCAAAUUUUGACACUUGCAAAUGGAUUGGCUUGUUUAUUAUCUCAGCUCAGGUACCUCAACAUGUAUCUUCCAUUCAAAAGAUCAAUCUUCUGUUCGUUCAUUAUGAAAGCGGAUUUUCAAUACUUCUUGCCACAGUUCUAAGGACCCUAAACACGGAUGUGGGCAGAAACUACUGUAGUGAUGAUGACGAUUAUGCACCACCAAGGCUCCCACUUCUCAACCAUCAUGUGCAGCCUCUUCCUUAUGAGGUUGCUGACUUUCCCUUUGCCUCCAGAAAUGAGACCUGGAGGGUAAGGAAGGAUUCACAGUAAAGGCAGAAGCUUUCGGGUUUUUUCUUUCCCAGUUGUUUUUGAAUCUCAGAGAUGAUUGACGACUAAGAGUUCAUUUUGCCACCCCAUAGCCCCACCUUGUGGGAUUAAGGCCUAGUAUUGCUGUUAUCAUUGUCGUUUUUAAAAACUAAACUUCUUUGUCUUUCCCUACCAUUUUCUAAUGUCUUCUUUGGAUGAAAAAGUGAACCAAAUUGCUCCAAGGUGCCAACUAUGGAGGAAGAACAGAAAGAGGAUCAGCUGUAUAUUGGUGACAACACAGAUAAUCUCCAAAAUAAGACUUCCAAAAGCUGUGGAUGAAUGUGGUGAAGGUGUUUUUUAUGUUGGAAAUGGAUUAACAUGUAAAGCAGUGAAAUCCUGUAGGUUUACUCUUCUUUUAACUCUUUAAAGAAAGCAGCUUGAGUUGAUCUUGGCCU